AGCGUGAACAGCAGCACACCGCGCCAGUACAGGAGCCCCGGCAUUUUCCACUGUGUUUGGACGGUCUGCAGGUUGAGUCCUCGGCGGCUCGUCCGCACUCAGACCCGCACAGGCGCUCCUUUAUUCCGCGCUGGAUCAAGCUGCGCAGCCCCGGCCGCUGUUGCACAAUGUCGGUUGUUAAUUUAAGGCCUCAGUCCCAAAUACUGUGUCCCGGGGGGAGGUCGGACCGAAACCAAAAUGUUAAAACGUGUUUUUAAUACUUGCCUGGAAAAGUCUUAACAGCAAGUCGCUCAAACAAAAACAUAUUAAACAGUAAUGAAAGCGAAACAUAAGACGUCUUGGUUCUAAAGCGAGUUUUUAAGCCUGUGACAAUGGCCACGCAGCAGGACAUGUCGCCCCCCGUUUCCCUGGACAGUCUGCAGGCAGGAUUCCCUACCAGCGUCCUGGCAAACAAACUGGAGCAGAAGCAUCUUUGUAACAUCUGUGGACUAAUCCUGAGACGGCCUUACCAAGCCCAGUGUGGGCAUCGUUACUGUUCAGGAUGUCUGAAGAGGGUCGUCAGCUCCGGGCCUCAGCAAUGCGAUGCAUGUGUAAAAGAAGAAAUAUUUGAAGAACCGAUGUCUAUAUUAAUAGAAGGCUGUGCUUUUCCAGACAAUGCGGCUCGCAGAGAGGUGGAGGCUCUGCCUGCAGUUUGUCCUAAUGAGGGAUGCGUGUGGAAAGGCACUAUUAAAGAAUAUGAGACUAACCAUGAAGAGAAGUGUGAGUUCAGGAUGAUUCCCUGUCAGGCGUGUUGGGAGAGCAUAAGAUUUAAUGAAAGAGAGCACCACAAUGAACGGGAAUGCCCAGAAAGAACUUUGAAUUGCAAAUACUGCAAAGAACUGUUUUAUUUUAAAAACAUUAAGGCUCAUGAUGAGAUAUGCCAUAAAUUUCCUAUGACCUGUGAAGGGUGUGCUAAGAAAAAAAUUCCAAGAGAAAAGUAUGUGGACCAUAUUAAGUUAUGUAGUAAAUGUAAAUCUCCAUGCAGAUUUCAUGUUGUUGGGUGUAAUGCAUCAGUGGAGAAUGAAAAGGUGCCGGAGCACGAGCGGAUGUGUGCUUACGAACACCUGAACAUGCUGCUCCACUACAUCAUGAGCAUCAAGGUGAACCCGGGGGACCUUCAGCCCCAGAGCCUGGAGAAUGCCAGUCUGAAGAUCCACAGGCUGCACGAGUCUGUGACCGAGCUGGAGCUGAAGCUGGGGCAGCUGAGCCUGGCUCCCGUGCAGGGAGCCGCCGCCUCCUCCUGUGCCCUCGCCCCUCUCCCGCCCGCCGGACCCCUGGAGCAGCAGCUGCAAGGCGAGAAGUCCAAGGUGGGAGAGCUGCAGAGGAAGACCCAGGAGCUGGAGCUGAAGAUGGGGACCUUAGAGAACAUCCUGUGCAUCCUGAACCGCGAGGUGGAGAGGUCCUCCACCACCCUCGAGGCGAGCAAUCGUCAGCACAGGCUGGAUCAGGAGAAGAUCGAGACGCUGAGCAGUAAGGUACAUCAGCUGGAGCGUGCGACGGCGCUGAAAGACCUGUCCAUCGCUGAGAUGGAGGGACGGCUGCAUGAGCUCUCCGCCGCUACGUACGAUGGGGUCUUCAUCUGGAGGAUAUCAGACUUCAGCAAGAAACGGCAGGACGCCAUCGCCGGCCGCGCGCCCGCCAUGUUCUCCCCAGCUUUCUAUACCAACAAGUACGGGUAUAAGAUGUGCAUGCGAAUUUACCUGAAUGGAGACGGGACAGGCAGGGGGACCCACCUCUCCCUGUUCUUUGUGGUGAUGAGGGGGCAGAGCGACGCCCUUCUGAAGUGGCCCUUCAACCAGAAGGUCACUCUGAUGCUGCUGGACCAGAAUAACCGGGAGCACAUCAUCGACGCCUUUCGCCCCGACGUCACCUCCUCCUCCUUCCAGCGGCCGGUCAGCGAGAUGAACAUCGCCAGCGGCUGCCCGCUCUUCUGCCCACUCCUCAGGCUGGACUCCAAGAACUCCUACAUUCGUGACGACACCAUCUUCAUCAAGGCCAUCGUGGAUCUGACUGGCCUUUAGCACGACAGUGUAAACUAAGCACUUCUCUUAGAUCCACACACAAGUGAUACACUAGGGGUCCAACAGAAGUCUGUUCAGUGUAGCUUGCAAGCAGUUACUGCAACUAGGGCAUGCAAAAGCAAAACAAGAGUCUUUAUUUUUUAAAAUAACUUUUUUUUCUUCUAAAAUCACAGGCAACUGUUUGUGUGCAACUUUAAACAGAUGUUCAGUUACAGUUUCUUUGCACUGCUUUUACAUAAUCAGGUUCCAUUCUUAAGUGUAUGCUGGGAUUAAACCCGGUUCCGUUCCAGACCAAAAUCACUGGGAUGGAGAUCUGACUCUAGCUGCCUGCCAUGUGAAAUGAGUUCAGGCGGUCUCUGCCAAUCUCUGAGCUGUCGUGAAGUUGCACAGAUCAGCACUGUUAGCGCCCCCUGAUGGAGUAAGCAUGCAGUGGACUCUUGCUCUGUUUCACACGUUGGGGGUUAAGGAACAUUGGUGAGCAAUGUUGUUGAAAAAAUCCUUUUUUUUUUUUUUUUUUUUGUCUUGGACAUCAGAACCCCCCGACCCCUUGACAGACUGUCGUUCUCUUUUCUGGAGAUUCACGGUGUUGACUAACUGACCCUGUUUCAUUGAAUGGUCUUUUCUUUUUUCCCUUUACCAGUAAUGGUGCAAGUUACACACUGGAGUAAAAUGAAGUGAAUACAAAGCAGUAGUGCGCCGGUAUGUGUAUUGAGGUCCAGUGCGUUUAUCGGCAUGCUAGUCCUUUCACAAUGCAGCCCUUAGUCCUCUAAUACCACUUUCAGCAGGUUUCACAUUCCCUGAUCAGCACUGAAUUCUGAGUGGUGCUAAUCAGGGUCUAGGAUUCGAGUCACGUCUGUCUUUUUAUUGUUAUUAUUAUUAUUAUUAUUAU